GUACAUCAGAUCCAACCUUCCUUCGCUCGAUGCCUCGAUCCAUGGCAGAAGCAUGCGACGCCGACGUGUGUGCCAUCUGCCUCGGCGGCAUGGUCCGCGGCCAGGCCAGCUUCGUGGCGGAGUGCUCCCACGCCUUCCACCUCCGCUGCAUCUCCGCCAGCGUCGCCCACGGCAACCACAACUGCCCGCUCUGCAAGGCGUCUUGGACCGUGCUGCCAGCCGUGACCGCCGCCCCACGGCCUCCACCUGUGAACGGCCGACGUGCUCCGCGCCCUCCGCCGCUGGCUUGGUCCCGACAGGUGGCCCGAAGCACAUACGAAGACGACGAGCAGGUGCAGGAGUCGACCGUCAGGGCGAAUGCCGCGGCGGCAACCGGCGGAGGAGCAGUGGUACUCACGACGCACUGCGAGUUCCCUGCCGUCGCGAAGGGCGCGGCCCGUGAGAACUUCGCCGUGCUCGUGCACGCCAAGGCGCCAUCUGCGGCCGCCUCCGAUGCGGCGCGCGCGCCGCUCGACCUCGUGACGGUGCUCGACGUCAGCGGGAGCAUGAGGGGCCACAAGCUGGAGCUUCUGAAGCAGGCGAUGGGGUUCGUCAUCGACAACCUCGGACCCGCCGACCGCCUCUCCGUCGUGUCCUUCUCCGACGAGGCGAUUCGCCGGAUCCGUCUCGUGCGCAUGUCGGACCAGGGGAAGGCUGAUGCGAAGCUCGCCGUGCAGUCCCUCGUCGCACGCGGUGGGACGAACAUUGGCGAGGGCCUCCGCGUGGCCGCCCAGGUGCUCGAUGACCGCCGGGGCAAGAACGCCGUCGCGAGUAUCAUGCUUCUCUCCGACGGGCGGGACGCGUUCACCGCCGGUAGAAACGGUGCUGCGGCUAACUACAUCAACCUCGUGCCAUCCUCGCUCACCUACGCCGGAUCCGGCAGCAGGACUCCGGCGGUUCAUACUUUUGGGUUCGGCGCCGACCACGACGCCGCGGCGAUGCACACCGUCGCGGAGUCCACCGGUGGAACGUUCUCCUUCGUGGAGGACGAGACGGUCGUCCAGGACUCGUUCGCGCAGUGCAUCGGCGGGCUCCUCACGGUGACCGUGCAGGAGGCGCGCAUCGAGGUCACGUGCUUGCAUCCGGGCGUGCGCGUCCGGGAGGUCAAGUCUGGACGCUAUGAAAACCGCUUGCACGACGGUGGCCGUGCUGCGUCGGUUGACGUGGGCGAGCUCUACGCCGACGAGGAGAGGCGCUUUUUGAUAUUCGUGGACGUACCUGCAGCUGCAGGAGACCACACCAGGCUGGUCAAAGUGAGCUGCACUUACCGAAACGCCGCGACAGGGCAGGCGGCCAACGUCGCUGGAGACGACGCCGUGGUCCAGAGGCCGGUUGUGGUGACUCACAUCGAGCCGUCCAUGGAGGUCGAGCGUGAGCGCGUACGCGUGGCGGCAACCGAAGACAUGGCGGCGGCCAGGGAAGCGGCUGAUCGCGGCGAACAUGCCAGCGGCGCACGGAUACUGCGGUCGCGGCUGCAGGCCGUGCAGCGUUCCGCGCCGGGGGCGGCCGGCGAAGCUACUUGCACGGCGCUGAUGGACGAGCUGUGUGAACUUGCCGCUCGCGUGGAAAACCGGCGGGAAUACGACACGACGGGGCGCGCGUGUUUCUUCUCCAGCAUGAGCUCUCACGGGCGGCAGCGCGCCGGCGGCUCGUUGGGAAAGUCGCGGUGCAAGUCGCAGGCGUACUUCACUCCGGCAAUGGAGGACAUGGUGAAGAGAUCGCGCGAGCAGCGGAAGGCGACGGCGCCACACCAGACUCCCAAACGGCACCAGCCAGAAGCCCAGAGUAAGCCACAACGGAAACGUGGCAAAUACCUUUAA